AUGGCAUCUGCUUUUCCAAAAUUACCAGGAUUUGUGCCUACUCAAGAGAUUGAUGUAAUUAGAUUGAUUAUAAUUAGAAACCCAACUUCAGGAAAGUCUCCUCUACUAAAUAAGAAUAAAAUAGAGAAGUUAAUCAUCUUCCAAAUAAGGAAUAUGCAGUACCUCGUAAAUAACCAAUUUAAAUACCUCCUCAAUCAGGAAUGUUUAAUCCUGAUUAUAUGAGUACUACUCAUGCAAUGCAUCUUCCAAAAGUAUAAAAAACAGUUACACUCUUAGAAUGUAACUAAUGAUUCUGAAGAAUUGUAUUAACCAUCUUGGGUUAAAAUGGAUAGACAUGUCUUAAGAUUUAGUGGUUAUUUUAAAGAAGCUGUUGUUGAAUCAGCACUUGAAAAUUAUAGAAUUCGCAAAAUUACAAUCUGUUACUAUCUUGAAGAUCAUUCAUUAAGUAUAACGGAACCAAAAUAAGAGAAUAGUGGAGUCCCUUAAGGAGCAUUCUUAAAAAGAUAAAAAGUAUACAAAUUCUAAAAUAUACCGAGGUGUUACGUGCUGAUGAUUCUAAGACCUUUAUUUUACCUGAGGAUUUCAAAAUUAAUUAAGAUAUUAUCAUUUUUGGUAAGACUAUUCGUCUCUAUGAUUGUGAUCAAUAUACAAGAGAAUUUUAUGAAGUAUUUUAUUAUUUUGUACAUUCCUUAGUUACAAGGAAUACCAUAAGAAUAAUCUUUUGUACCAUAACCUGAUUUCUUUGAAACUAAGACCAUGACUAAAUUCAUUCCUUAAAAAGAUACUGUUAUGAAAGAUUACUUAGAACAUAAAUUAGGAGGUGGUAGAGUCACAUCUUAAAAACAAUUCUUAGAAAAUGAUAGAAAAGUACUUAAGUUUUAUGUAUUCUCUGAUAUUGAAUACAUUCUACAUUACUAUCUUGCUGAUGAUACUAUUGAAAUUAAAGAAAUUAAUUCUGCUAAUUCUGGAAGAGUUCCUUUCCCAAUGAUGUUGAGAAGAUAAAAAUUACCAAGGAAAUUCUCACUCAAUCAACCUGGAUAAACUUAUGCUGAAGAUUUCAUUAGACCAUAAGAUAUUUAAUAUGGACAACCAUUAAUCAUUUAUAAUCGUAAAUUUCUUAUUAAUGGAUGUGAUCAAUUCACAAGAUAAUACUAUUUUGAUAAAUUCAAUGUUGAUUUCCCCUUAGGAGGAUAAGAAGAAUAUGUAUAAUAAGAAAGAUCAAGUAUUUCAUUUAUUAUAUGUUAUUUAGAUAUUAUAAUACCUCCUCAUAAUGGUAUUGGAGAUGAAUAAGAUUCAUUAGGGUAUAUAUAUCGAUUAUAACCAAAACCACCAAAGAAGGAUUUCUUCAAAUGGGUUGAUAAUUAAGUCAAUCUUAGAUUUUUAGCAAUGUUUAAUACAUCAAAACCUGAGGAUAAAGAUAGAGUAUUCGUAAUCACUUUCUUUUUGAAUGAUGAUAGUCUUUUAGUUUAUGAACCAACAGUGCGUAAUUCUGGUAAUUUUAUAUUGUUAAUUUAUUUAGGAAUACCUGAUGGGAAAUUUUUAGAAAAGAGAAAGUACAAAAAUAUCAACAAUAAUAAUGAAUUUUUCACCCCAAAUGAUUUAAUUGUUGGCAAUGAAGCUGUUAUAAAUGGUUGGAAAUUCUAAUUGCUUGAUUGCGAUGAGUUUACUAAGAAAUGGUAUGCUCAAAACUUCAAAUGAGAUUUAUAAAAUAAAUAAUUUCAC